AUGAUAACUAACACCGAGUUCGAUGUGCCUGUAGACUGGUUGUAUAAGGGGAAAAGUAGGCGUAAGACGAACACAAAGCCAUCAAGGCCUUCUACGUCACCGGCGUCUACUUCAUCUGCUUCUGCUUCAAAACUUGGGCACGAUAGCACGAACAAUAAUAUUAGUGGAAACGGUAAACUUCGUGCGAGGUCUUCAUCGGUGUCCAACGCAGCUCUUUCUAAUAACGAGAAACCAGACUUGAACAGCGGCAAUGGCAACGUUUCUGCCUCGGACACAGACGACAUAUCGCUACUUACUCCGGUUAGUAGUGGUAACCGAAGCGAUUUGGCCAACAUUGAUAGUGCGGAUUCUAUAGAUGCUAUAGAUAGUGGCGACAACAAGUGUGACGCUUCAUUCAUAAGAAAGAAGCGCUCCACUUCUAUAUCCAAUGCUGUUGUCUCGUCCAAACCAAGGUUGACAAAUUCGAGCAUUAGUGUCACCACAUCUUCCUCUAUUGGCAAGGGAAAGCUUCCUCCGAUUUCUUCAUUAUCGAACGCUACUAUCAAGAGAAGCAACUCAGCUAGUGGAGAAAAAUCUAAGAGGUCUAUUUUUGGGUCUUUGUUUAGUAAAAGAUCCACCUCUUCUUCAGGUCCCGCUGCGAAAAAAACAUUGCCUGUCGUUAAUACUACCGUGACUGCCAAUGAGUCGUCUAAAGACGUUAAAGAAAAUGUCACUACAAGUUCUCGUGGAAAGGGGCUUUCAUCGCCAUCGACAGGAACGGCUUUCACGGCUAGCAAAACACUUACCCCUAUAUCACCAUCAGUAUCCUCUUCCCCUGCUCUUUCAAUAAAAGAUCUAUCUACGGUUUCAUUGAAAAGGGUGUCGUUUGCCGUUGAUAAAUUCGAAUCCGACCCUCCUCAGCAACUCCCUUCAAGAACUCCAAAAAAGGGAAAUAUUCUAAUUCCAGAUGAUAUGAUAAGUGAGGUUCCUUCUAUAUCUGUCGGAAUAUCCAGUAGUAAUCAAUCAGCGAAAUCUACCAAUUCCGCCACCAAGGGCCCAUUGUAUACGAGGACAUCCAAAGAAUAUGUACUUGCUUUGGAGAACCAAAAGCUGGCUUUGAGAGAGGCUGCUAAGCAUCAGCAGGAAGCUCACUUCGCUGCUAACAGAAUAGCCUCCGAAGUGGCCAGCUUCAAAAUCACCUCGGACGCAAGUAGUACGCUUGCAGCAAAAUCAUCAAAGAGCUCCAAUUCAAAGCCAAAUGAAGAAUUGUUACAACAAAAUGCAGACUCAGACCAGAAAUUUGACAAUAAUAAACUCGCGGAAAAUCUUUCAAAAAUUGGUAUUGAUAAGCCUAUUCAUAUGCAUGAGCAUUAUUUCGGGGAACCUAUUCAGGAUAAGUGUCAAGAUGAUCAUGCUAUGGAAAAUAACGAAGUCACCUUGGAUGUUAUUUAUACAAGGUGUUGUCAUCUAAGGGAAAUCUUACCCAUUCCAUCUACUUUAAGACAAGUGAAGGAUAAGACGGCUCCCUUACAAAUAUUGAAAUUUCUGAACCCUAAACCAACCUUGAUUGAUAUUCUUUCAUUUUGUGAUUUCAUAACUAUCGCUCCCAUCCACACGAUAGUUUUCGAUAAUGUUGCCUUAAACCAAGAUAUGUUUAGGAUAAUCAUCUCUGCCCUCGCAAACUCCACAGUUUUGGACAAGCUGAGCCUAAGGAACGUGCGGAUUGACCAAGAUGGAUGGAAGCUAUUGUGUAAGUUUCUUUUGCAAAACAAAUCAUUGAAUAAGCUGGACAUUUCUCAGACGAAAAUCAAAUCUGACCUUGCUGAGUCACUUUAUCGCCAUAAUAUGGAUUGGAACUUAUUCACAGAAGUGUUAUUGCAGAGAUCUCAUAAACCUCUAGAAGAGUUAUUACUUAAUGGUAUUCAAUUCAACAAGAUUCCUUACUCAUGCUUUGCACGUUUGUUAACAUCAUUUGCCACUCAGAAAAACUUUCCAGAAUCAGGGAUCAGGCUUGGUUUGGCGGGAGCUACUACUUCUAAUAUUUCCCAGGAUUGCUUGAAGUUUAUUUUCAACUGGAUGUCUCAAUACAACGUACAAGGUGUGGAUUUAGCAUUUAAUGAUUUGUCCGCCAUGGUAAAGCCAAUGGUCGGCAAAUUGUCUGCUCUAUCAUAUGAUAAUUUGAGAUAUUUUAUCUUAAAUAGUACCAAUAUCUCGACUUCUUAUGAUUUAGCUUUACUUUUGAAGUACCUUUCGAAAUUACCUAAUUUGAUAUUUUUGGAUUUGAGCAACUUGCCACAAUGCUUCCCAGAUAUUUUGCCUUACAUGUACAAGUAUUUACCAAGAUUCCCCAACUUGAAGAGGAUACAUUUGGAUAGCAAUAAUUUGACAUUAAAAGAGCUAGCUGUGGUGUGUAAUAUUUUGAUCAAGUGCAAAUCGCUUUCUCACGUAUCCAUGGCUAAUCAAAACGUUGAAAACUUCUAUUUGAUGAAUAGCGGCGACUCAACCGUGCAACAGACUAACACAGAUGGAGAAUCGGAUAGUUUGAGUGUACUGGAGGUUAAAGGUCAGUUUGCGAAAAACAGUUUGUCAUCCACACUCUACGCAUUUGCCAGAGAUUCCCCCAACUUGAUCGGUUUGGAUUUUGACUAUGACUUAGUAUCAGAAGAGAUUCAAUCAAGAAUAGCGUUGUGUUUGAUGAGAAAUAUGAAACGGACUAUGGACUCGACUUUUCAAUUGGAUGAAUUGGAUUCACAGGAUGAUUUACUCUUCGAUGGCUCCUUAGUUACUAUGACCGCUGAAAGCGUCCUUGAAAAACUCAACGUGUUGAGUGAUAAGAAUAUAAUGGUUAAGAAAGAUGCCACGAAGAGAUAUUUACUGAAAAAAUAUAUUGAAAAGUUCCAUAUUUUGCACCACAAUGUUCAACAUACAAUAGAUUCUAUGUUUGAGAAGAGGAAAUCCGGUGAAUUGCCAUUACAAGAAAAGGAAAACCUUGUAAGGCUCCUCCUUUUAGAACAAAACUUAUGCAAUAUACUUGAAUUAUUUUCUCACAAUCCAAGCUUAAAUGAUGUUCUAGGUUCCGGUAACGAUGGUUCUAAAGAAAGCGUUAACUCUAGCGAUGAUUCAAAAUUACCAGCAUUGAAACACGUUGAAUCCGGAUACCAUAUCUCCGAAGAAAGAAUACCACCUGAGAAUGAUGUAAUCACAGCUAGGCCACAUUUAAUGGCAACCGAUUCUGGCAAAACCAUUGAUGUUUACACAGGCAAACCAUUGGUGUUUAAGAAUUCAUCGUCAAGUACUUCUGCAGGCUGUAAAAAGCAAGAAGAAGAAGAAGGUGAAUUACAUAAAUGGGGUUUCUUCGUUCAACAGCAGAGGUCUUUAUACCCUGAAAAUGAAUCAGCAAGGCAAACACCAUCCAUACCGCGCCAUUCAUCUGACAACAUACAAACUGUUGAUAAGUCAACAUCAUCUUCUUCAGUUUCAGCGUCCACCAAUGAAACCGCUGCCACUAGUCUAUUCAGUCCAGUUAAUCCUAAGAUUUUACCAAAGAUUCCAUCAGGUGCUGUUUUAAGAUCAGCAAUCAUGAAGGCUAAAGGUAUUGAUUCUAUUGACGACUUGAUUGAAAACGUUAAUUCCAACAACAUAGAAUUGGAGAAUAUUUAUGGCAAAUCUAUUCAGAACAGUGCUUCGACACUUACACCAGGCGUGGAUUCUGAUAAUUCUGUGUCCAGUCCCGGUAAGGAAGUGGUGGAAGCAUUUCCCGCAAACUCAAAUGAGGACUCCAAUUGUGAGGUCAAAGUCACUGCUACCUAUGACAAACUGUUAAACAAUUUGUCAAUGGAGAGAUCAAUCAGACUAUGA